AUGUUACAUGCCGAUAAAACACAUUUGACAAAUGUGGUGCACAACCUGAUCGACAAUGCCAUUAAGUACAACGACAAACCGCGGCUGAUGCUGGAACUGAUCAUCCAGGAAACCGACCAGGAAAUUUACCUGAUGGUAAAAGAUAACGGGAUGGGCAUUUCCGCAGCAGAUCAACAGAAGGUUUUUGAUAAAUUCUACCGGGUGCCACACGGUAAUUUACAUGACGUAAAAGGUUACGGACUGGGACUCAGUUAUGUGAAGGAGAUCGUGCGGCUUCAUGAAGGACAGAUUCGUAUUGAAAGUGUGCCCGGACAAGGA